CGAUUUAAAUUUACGUUAAAAAACGACAAAGAUUUUAAUUACGAAAUUGUUGUUAACGUUUAUUAUUUGGGCAACAAACCGGUUUUUUAUAUAAUUAAUAAAAGCACAAAAUUUAAUAUUGCAGCAAUUUUAAAAAACCUAUUUGCAAAAAAAACUUGGGAAAUUUUAAAACGUUGCUGGAUAAAUGUUUAUUUAAAGCCUUUAAACGUAAUUACUUACAACGCGGGAACCCACUUUUUAAAAAGCGCGCAUAGUAUAUUACGCAAAGCGCAUUUAAUUAUAAAAGCCAAAUGCCCCGAUUUUGCGCUAAAAUUACAAUUUUAA